CUCAAGUAUUUUUAAAUAGGAAUAUGGGAUAUCGUUUUUUUAUCACUUCGGUGUGGUAUUGUUCGACCUUUCUGAUAAUAUUGCCACUGCUGUGCAAUCGCCUUAAAUAUUCCAUGUAUUAUGGAGUGCUAUGGGAUAGAAAUAUAACCGAGGAGAAUUUGAGAAUGAGAGAGGAAAAUGAUAAACGGUUAAUGGAGGCUAAACAGGAGUUCAGAAAUAUCAUGAAGAGCAAUGAAGUCGUUAGAGAGCCAAAUAAUUUUACAGAUGUAGUCAUUACAUUGAUUACUGUUUCAAGGGAGAGAGGAGAUUAUAACCCUUACUACUUAAUUCAGACUGUGAGUAAAUUACUAAAACGUUUGAGAAAAGAUGCGUCUAAAUUGGAUUUCACAUAUGGUGUGAUGGUUUGUAAUGUGGAUUCAUUACCAAAUGAAUAUACAGAAGCAAAAGAAAUUUCAAAAUUUAUACAUACAACUGUUAAAUACACAAAACAACCAAACAAGGUAAUGAACAGGUUUGAGAAAGAAAAACAGGAUUAUGUGUACUGUUUACAGAAGUCACUUCAAUUUCAACCAAAAUAUGUGUUGCUGAUGGAAGAUGAUGCAUACCCCAAAGAUCAAAUGUUACUUGUGCUGGAAUAUGGAAUAUACAACAUAUUUGAAGAAAAAUAUAGUGAAUUUUUUCAUAGAAGAAGAAAGGUUGCUUAUCUUAAAUUGUAUCACCCUGAGCGGCUGCUUGGUUUUCUCAGUGCUGAGGUUUACAGAUUGUUUGAACUUGCAGGUGCCAUUAUAUUGAUUUGCAUGUCCUCUAUUGUGCCAACAAGGACUUUCAGGAGUCGCAUUUCAUGGAAUUUUCUUAUACAAGCAUGCAUUUAUGUGGUAUUCCUUGCCUUUGCUAUAGGACGGCCAAAUCUUUUAGGGAUCCGUACUCUCUCCCCAUAUUUCCACUCAUUUGUUAAUGCACCAAGUUGCUGUACACCAGCAAAUCUGUAUACAUAUAAGAGUGCUAAGAUGGUCAUUGAUUCAAUGUCUGGUAAAGUUUGUUACCCUGGACAUGCAAAGGAUGUUUUAUUAGAUGAAUUCCUUGGGGAGUCUGGCUACAGUGCAAUAUAUGUAGAACCAAAUAUCUUUAAGCAUAUUGGUCAGUAUUCAUCUUUAAGACAAGGCAGAGUUCUUGAUCCUUAUGUGGUCUAAAGUCUGUUUCAUUUGCAUGGUGCAAUUAAAUAAAAGUUGAAUCUUUA